UUUUGAAAAAUCAGCAAUGCACUGAGGCCGCGAAACUUGAACCGCGAAGUGGCGAGAGGAUUACUGUAUUACGUUAUUAGCCCUUUAUGUGAACAUUAACUUUAUAUACUUUUAUGUUUUACAUGCCAGAACAGAAAAUGUGUUUUAAAGUGGCGUGACCUAUCCACAGAUAACAACUGUGAUGUAAUUGUUAUAAAUGCUAUAUAUUACAUUAAUAGCCUUAUCCUUACCUAAAACAACUAAAACCAGCAUUACUUGGUUUUAGUUUGUCUUUCAGCCUGGUUUUAGCUGGUGUAGCAAGCUGGACUAGAUGUGUUCUUGUCCUUUUAAGAUGGUCAAGCUGGACUUAGCUGGUCAGGUGACCCACCAGCUUAACCAUCUUUGCCAAGCUGAGAGGACCAGCUUAAACCAGCUACUGCCACCUUAAAGAUCAAUCUAUCGAUCAAUCAAUCUAUCUAUCUAUCUAUCUAUCUAUCUAUCUAUCUAUCUAUCUAUCUAUCUAUCUAUCUCACCAAAUACAUACUGUAUACCUCACCUGUAUCGCAUGUUUACAGAUGUGAAAAAACUACAGUAUGGGUUGCACUUUGCUUUAUCUAAUAAUUGCCUAAUAUUUAGAUUUCAGAUAUGGGAAAAGCUGUUAAGCGCACACACUUCAGGAAUGUUAAGAUUAAGGUAAUGAGGAGGUUUAUCACUGGCCCUGCAAAGUUUUCUUACCUCGGUCAAGCUCCUCCUCAGCCCAACUCCAAACACACCCACUCUUUGGACCCUUCCACAUCUAUUACGCCUCAACAGGCUGAACCUGAUGAUGUGGCACCAAGCUGUAGUUAUGCAUGUUCUGAGACUGCAUACAGUAAGGCAAAGAAGAGAGAGCUUCAUGCCUGGGAUGCAGUCAAGGAUGACAUGCUUAAGGUGUCAUUUGAAUGUUCGGCACCAUUCACUACCCAGUGUGUUGUCUGCCUAGAAAAACAUGCUGAUUAUAGGUGCAUUGAGUGCAGCACCACUGCAGUGUUUUGUGAGGCUUGUCUGAAGAGGACUCACAGAAAUUCACUGCAUCUUCCUGAUAAGUGGAAUAAUGCCUACUAUGAGCCAUCCUCCCUGGGGUUAUUCCUAUAUUUACCUGAAGGCCAUAACACCCAUACUGUGUACACAAAGGACAUGAAGGUCAUUGUUAGCACAGGACGGCUCUGCACUGUCACAGUCAAAAUGUGUGCGUGUGAACCAGAAACCUGCACACUGCUAAGGUAUGGGCUCUGGCCAGCAACAGCCGACAAGCCCCAGACAGCCUUCUCUAUCUCUCUGCUUGAGCUUUUUGUUUGUCUGUCACUGGAGUGUCAGGUUUCUGUUUGA